AUGAGGGGCAUCCCGGGCUUAAAGCGACUGCGGCUCAAAAUCUGGCGGCGAUGCGCCCUGCUGCUGCUCCUCCUCUGGGCUGCCUGCUGGGUGGUGGUGAGCGCUGCGCUGUUCCUCCUCCACAGGAGCGUCUUCUCCGAGAGCUGCACGGACGAGAAAAGCCAGCGGAUCCUGGCCAGGCUGUGCCUCGACUACAGCAGUGGAGCCCUGACUGGGGACCUCUGUGAAGACCUGUGUGUGGCACAGAAGCUGGUGUACAAACACUGCCUUUACUAUGACAGAGGUAAGAAGGUCAUUCAGGCUGAUUGGAGAGGCCAGCCCAUCAUACUGAAAUCUAAAAAAGAAAGCUUUUCAAGCUACCAGCACCUCAGUAUGCUAGAGGAGGUGGAAACACAGGAUAUCCCUGAAACAGAGCUUCUGCUUAUGGUAGCUUUGGAGGUCAAAAAUGCCCUGGGGCUAGAACUGUCUAACAAUACCAUGGGGCCCCUGUGGACAAGGAAGAAGGGACCACGUUGGAAAGCACAGGUGGCCAGCAUGUGGUCCUUGCUCCAGCAGGAAGAAUAUAUCUACUUCAGUUUGCUGCAGGACUUCAGCAAACAUGUGCUACGAAUUAUUGGCUCUUGUGGACACUUUUAUGCUGUGGAGUAUCUCACAGCUGGACAUGCCUGGCACAAAACUCUUUUUCCUUUGGAAAACGUGAUGGGCCCCUCCCUUAGUGGACACAGAAGCAGGGUGAGAGCCAUCAUUGACAUUGCACUCAGCUUUCUGGACAUGGUGCAGCAUUUUGAUAACGAUUUCUCUCACCGCCUUCACCUGUGCGACAUCAAGCCAGAAAACUUCGCUAUCAGGCACGAUCUCACGGUGGUAGCCAUUGAUGUGGAUAUGGCCUUUUUUGAACCCAAAAUGAAGGACAUCCUGGAACAGAAGUGCACAGGAGACGAAGAUUGCAAUUUCUUUGAUUGCUUUUCAAAAUGCAAUCUGAAAAUCAGAAAAUGUGGAGCACAGAGAGCCAAUAACAACUUGCAAGUCAUUUGUGACAAAAUAUUCCGUCGCUGGUUUUCCCCAAAUCUCAGAGGAGCGCUGGUUUCCCUGCCCCUGCAGCUGCAGCUGCAGAAAGCCGUGCAGGAGUGUGCUCAGCCGGGGCACACGGGUGCCACGGGGCACCAGAGGGCUCUGAAAUCCCUCUCCGAGCUGUACCACCUGCUGCGGGUCACCCAGCGAGAGCUGCAAGGGCCAGAGUAGACACACAGGGCAGAACUGCAAAGGCCACCCCCCUGUCUCUCUGCCAUCCCUCCAAACCCUGGAUUUUACAGCACAGAGAUUGCUCUUCUGCUAUACAAAUGAAGUUCAUAGCUGCAGGUGCAGCACAUCCUGGUAAUAUCCUCUAAAAUGUAACACUGCUUUGCAAUGCUUGGAUUCUGUUCUGGCUUAUGCUCCUGAGGGAGCACUACCCCUCUCCAUCAGCAUACAGCACAUCCUUCUGAGCUGCAGUCACUGCUCAGAUAGCAUCUGUCUGGGUGUGGUGCUCAGAGGAUGCACUGACAGAAGAAAAGUGUAAGUGCAGCAAAACUUGAUCAAUAAUUAAAAGAAUGGGGGGGGUGAAUAAGUACGUGGUGUUUGUUUUAGUUUCUCUGUCAAAUGAGGUGGGUUUUUACAGUAGACACAGAGCAUUUUGUGUGAGGAAAAAAAAGGAGGGGCUCACAAGCAGGGAAAAAAAGCAGCUCUUUCCUGUCACACAGGGAAAGAGCUGCUUUUGUGCAAAGCAAUCCUUUCUGAUGUCCCCAAAUGCAUUUCCUCUGGGCCAUCACAUUACCUGGGCCACUGCUAACUCUUUUGGGGAAAAAUUAUAUAAAGGUACUUUUGACUUUUCUAGAGCAAAAUAAUUAUACCCCUGCUGAGUUCCCAUGUGGGUACUCAUAUUCUGUAGUGAAGAGGUAUGAAUAAUGCUACUGGAUUUUCCCAUGUGAACAAGCCCUCAGGCACUUGUACAUCAGAGCAUUUGUUAAGAAGCUCUCCUUUGCCAGAGAGCAGAAUUGCCCAGGAAUGUCAACAAUCUGUCCUUUGCACAGAACAAUAUCCAGAUGCAGAGUUUUCUUCUGCAGUAUUUUUUUAAUGAAGAAAAGGAAUUUUUUUGGUACAAAUUCAUUAUCUUGCAAUUAGUUAUGUAAAUAAAAAUCUCUAUAUUAACUUAAAAAGAUUAACUUUGCCUUUCAAUUGUGCAGAGCUGUGGCUGGAGAAACAAAAUUGGGUUAAGGAGACACUACAAGUGCAUAAGUCCAAUACCAGCAACAUCCCCAUGAUCUGGUUUUGGCAUGAGGACAUUACAAACCCCACAAACAGGAAUCCCAGCACCUAUGGCAGCCCUCAGUUGGAGGAAUCAAUUUUCACACUGAUGAUACUGGUUUGUGGAUGUAACACCACUUAAUCUGCUCCAUCUUUAUGUCACUUAGCCUUAUGACAGCUGUGAAGCCUGUGAGCACUAAUUAGACAUAAACUUUCCAUUUCUGGUGUGGUUCUUUAAAGUAAAGCUAAAAACUGCCUGUGACCAGAAAAAUGGGAGCUCUUAAGGAGACCUAGACCCCUUAAAACCUAGCUCAAAUUUUCAGCCUGGUGCUAGUGUGUUUUUAUAUACAUUUCUUUCAAUAAGCUAUCAUAUUUUUAAAAAUCAUGCACGCCCUCAAGAAACUCAUAGGAAGAACAAGGUCAGAUGCCUUGCCUGGGGCUGGACAAGCUGCUGGCUAAGCUGGAGCUCCAGCUUAGCAGAUCCUGAAUGGUAAAGUUGCUCUCAGUCAACACUUCUCCUUUAACCAGGAAAGCAAAGAAUGCUUCAAUACUUAAGGAUCAUUCUUUGCAAAAGCAGGAAGGCAAAGCAGAAUAAGAAGAAACACGAAUUCCAGAACAAACCCUGUUACAGAAUCAUGAAAUAGAUGGAGAAAAUAAUUAAGGACAGAAUCAGAUUGUGGCAAAGGAGUGAGGACAGGUAAAGUAUCAGUUAGAGAGAAGACAAGAAAAGAUAGAUGGAGGGAAAAUGGAAAAAAAAAGAAGUGAAAAUAUGUCAGCCUUUGUACAAAGAUGAUUUAUGAUGCAAGAUUCAAUAAAGUGACAUUUAGUCUGAGGAAGAAGAUGCUGUAGAUAAACAUGAUAACUUUCUUCAAAAACUGAAAGAAGUUGAUAAAAAGAGAAGAGGAGAGACCUGCCCUGUCCAGAUUGCCUUGGUGGAUAUGACCAGCAAUGAGCUUAAACUGUAGCAAGGAAGAAAACAGGUAAGACAUUUGCUACAGGCUUCCUGAUAGAAAGAGGCUGAAGAUAUGACACAAAUCAUCUGGGAAAUCUUAAUAUUUCACAAAUUGUGGUUUUUAACUACAGGCAAGAGUGAGUGCCAGUCAGGAAUUAUGUACAAGAAGUUAAGUUGGUGAUGCUACCUUGAGGUAACCUUUACCUCCAAGUCAUGUGAUUAUGUUAUCACCCAUUUGUGCUUUUGUGAAACAAGUCAAUUUUUGUGCUCCUUCACAACAAAUCCCUCCUUCUUGAUCCUUGCUAGGUCAGGAGGGACUCAGUAUAAAUCCCAAAUGCUGAUACAUCUUCACACAUGAAGAUGCUCCUGUUUCCCUGGUCCCAUUCUUUCCUCCUUCCCAAGCUCAGAGGGCACCUUCAGGGAAAAGCAGGCAUCACACAGACCCUUGGUGCUUUUCAGCAGAGUCAGGCUCCCCCCAUGGCAGGGAUCCCCUUUCCUAUUUCCAGAUUUGCAUUUCAGACAGGGUGGGAUAUUUCAGUUGGGUGGGAUAUUCCACUUUAAAAACAGGUAGAAAAAACAUAGUGAAAUGAAAACUGGUGGCAGCCAAACACUGGUGGAAUGUGACUCUGCUCAGAAAAUCCUUUUUCCUUGGCAGGAUAUAGGAAGGGAAGCUGCCUUUGACAGAUUUCUCCAAACCCUUCAGGGCCUGGCUGCAGCCACCUCCACCUGGCAGGGACCUCCUUCCCCCACACCACACUUUCCCAGGACAUUAGGUUUCACUUCUUUUCAGGAUACAGAGAAACCUCAGAAACCUCUUAAGAUCAACACAAUUAGGUUAUUUGUCCUUGGCUGGGCUGUGAGAUUACAUAUCACUGAUGCAGCCAGCUCCAGGCAGGCUUUGGUGCACACCUUCAAGGAGACAAGGAGAAUCUGACAGGCUCUGUGAACACAGGGCUUGAUUCUUCACAGCCCCCUACGUGCUUUGCAAACUCACUAAAUCCUGGGAAAUAGGAGAAAAAGCACUACCAGUGAAGCAAAUGAAAUAUUGUAAUUUAAUUAGUACAGGUAGCAAUGACCAAAACAGGAAUAAAACAGUAGUUGUGCCUUUAUGUCCCUGGGACAGAAAGAAAAAGUUAAGGCACUGGUUUAGUUCCCAUUUACUUUAAGGAGACAAGUGCAAACUGCUGUAAUUUGAGCCUGUAUGGUUUUGCAACCACAUUUUUGGUGAAAAUAUAAUUUUUUUUUUUUUUGGAUGGAAAAAUCUAUACAGGUGUUUGGCAUGAAGACCCAGGACUGGUGCUGCUUUCUGACAAAGCCCCUUUCAUGCUGCCCUGGCAGCACUGCCCACCACUCUCUGGUAGUUAGUGCACCAUAGCUUUACAAAGACUCUGUAAGAUUCUCCCCACUGCUCAUCCCCUCCCUAUAAAAGAUGACUUACACAGGUUCACUGACAGCAAUGGUUGCACUGGCAACAGCCACUUUAGCCCAAGAUGUCUGUUCCCAUUCAAUUGAUCUCAGCCUCAUCCCUUUGCUCUGUGAGUCUGUUCCCAUAUCCUUUUUGCCCUAUAAAAGUGGCAUUACCUCCUGAUUAAUUUCUACCACUUGCUGAAUUAGUGCCUUAGUCAGCAACUUCUACCCCAUAUUUAUGGCUCCCUGUGAAACAGGAAUGGCAUUAAGUCAUUGUUUAUUCAUUCUUUGCAUCUCAGUUAGCAGCAUGUGCUUCAACUCUGCAAUAAUCCAAAUACACUGUCUGCUCCCACAUUUUACAAGAGGUGAGUCCAGUUGGAAAUCUGCUUCAUCUUUAGGAAAUCUUUAGAAAAGAUAAAUUCAACCCAAUGCUCAAGAUUUUCACAGAACUACUUCUGAUUUUCUCCAACUGGCAUUUUAUGCUCUGCAAAAGACAUCUGCAAACAAUAGUCCUGCACUAGGAUGAUACAAAACAGAGCAGAACUCCUUGCUCCUAAGGGUUUAUGUGGUCCCCCUUGUGUUUCUAGGUUGGCUCAAUGGUGACUAGCCCAGAAAAGCAGGUCAUUGCUGUAGCCAGAGUCAUUCUUACAGAUACUACUGCUCCCUAAUGUGACUUCCCAGGCUCCCCUUUCACUGAGAGCAUUCAGAUGCAUUGCUCACCACAAGAGAUAGCAACAGAUAUUUGGGACUGGGAGAGAAGAAAGAAAAGGGUUUGAUUUUUUUUUCUUUUAAUUAGAAACAUUGGCUGAGCAGCACAUUUCCUAAAGGUGAAAAAUGGGAUCACAUACUUGAAGAGGUUAGGGACUCCUCACUGAUAAUCUUUUUCCUUUGUUAUAAAAUGAGACCCAAGCUGGCCUAUUUAUUUUGGUGAAGAUAAAAACAAAACAAAACAAACCUGCAAAACAAAACAAGACAAAACAAACCCCAAAACCAAACAAAAAAAAAAACCCAAACUAAACAAAAAAAUUAAAGAAGCCAUGUACCAGAUUGCCUGUCUUUCAGCAAAUCAUAUUGUCAUGUGUAAUGGUCAGGAAGGUGAUAAAUUGCAGCUUUUAAUGAGUUUCUGGCUGUAACAUGGGAGCCUUGUAGUUAUCAUGCCAGUCUACGCAUCUGGACAGCCAACUAUAAAACAACCAAGAAUCCACUGUAUCAGCAGCUGUGAACAGCCAGAUUGGCUGAUUUGGCAGAUGCCCUCUGCAGCCUAGUACAAAUGAAAAAUGAAAUCCCUUUGUCUAGGCCACCUGUAAUCAGUCCACACAAUAAGCAGAGUCACUCUGCAGGAGCCUCAGUCGCUGCCGCUUUCUUGGAUCCUCAGUGAAAUCAGGAGAAAGGCUACUGGGCUUUCAGUAGCAAAAAAGACAGCAAUGCAGAGCAAGGGAAAGAGUGAGAUGCUUGGAAAAAUUAAAAUCCAGGACAAUUGAACUCAGAACCAAAGAGAUAAGCGACUCCUUACCGAAAAAUCAUAGAAAGUCAAUGAAUUGAUUGUGAAAAAAAUCCCAACAUUUCCAUUGUUACUUUCCAUUACUUUAAAAUAAAAAAGUGCAGUAGCACAGGAGAUAUAGUCCAGCCAUGACCAAAGCCAUUUGUUGUAUGUGUCUAAGGAUCUGUCAAAUAGACUGUGAAGUUGUGUAAUGACAUCUGCAGCCUAAAGGCUAGACAGACGAAGAUCACUUGGAAAAAGCUUUUAGAACUACUAUUUACAUAAAUGCAUAAAACUGCCCUACUUAGCAAUAAACAAUGUCAGCCAAAAAAAGGGAAAGGAGUGUUUUCUCACUUGAAGUGUCAUUAUGUCUAUAAAUUAAAAUAUGGCAAAAUGCUGAAAUCCCUGAAAGGCUGCAAUUCAUAAUCCUGUGGGUAAAGUUUUGAUCCUGCAAUCUUGGGCUCCAGAGCAGCAGAGUGACUGCUGAGCUCCUUUAAACACCGCAAUUCUUGGUGCCUUCUGCAGUGUGCUCUGAGCUCCUUCUCCUGUAAACUGGAGGGGUUUUUUCCUACACUACAAAAUGUGCCUAAGUGAUGUUGGCAGCCAGAAGGAUGUGUGUAUGAUCCAGUGCAUAAUCACUUCCACAAGCAUCUGCUGCUAGUGCUUUCAAGUUACAUGUAAUCCAAGCUGGAGACUAUUGUGAAUACCUCUCAUUUUCCCUUGCUGGUUCCUUAGCAGUUUGCUUCUAGCUAGUUAGAAACAGAAUCCCCCAUCCUGCUUAAAUUGGUUAUAAUCUCUCCAAGAUUCAUGCUAGAGCGGGAAAAGAACCAACUGCCUUGAGUUCAGGAUGGGUUCAUUCUCUUAAAGGUGCGACAUGCAAAGCUGCAGGAAAGAGCAGAGGUCAGUUUUAUUUCCAAAGAGGAAGUUAAAUAAGAGGAGCUGAAAACAAUAGAUCUUUCAACCAAUUUCCCAUGUACAUUAAUGAGCUAACAUUCCUCUCCAUUUGCAUAAUUCAAAGCCCUCUGCUCCUUUCCAAUUCAAAAGAAAAUUUAAAAAGCACAAUGUGUUUACUACUCCGAAUUUCACAGAUAUGGUAAUUACUUCUUUCUCAUUUCUGUCAGAGAUUUUAGGUUGUAUCUUUGCCCUUAGAAAAUUUAUUUUUUUUCCCUUAUCCCAAGAAAGGGGAUAGCUGGGAAAAGGCAAGGGGGUGGGGUUUUUUGGUUUGUUUUUUUUUUUUUCCUCUUGUACAAGGGUUAUUAAAAACCAAUCUAAUUUUGCAGGGAGUUAAUCUGUGACUAAAUAUUUAUUAUAUGAAUCAGGG